AUGUCCACUCCGUCCAGCGCCAACCUCGGUACGUCGACCGUCGCCGAAGCCCUUGAGGGCCUUAAGAAGGGCCAGUUUGUCGUCGUCAUGGACAACGAAGACCGCGAGAACGAAGGCGACCUCAUCAUGCCCGCGCAGCUCGCGACCGAAGCGUCAUUGGCCUUUAUGAUCCGGUACUCGAGCGGCGUCAUCUGCGCGCCAUUGACGAGCGACCGUAUCGACGAACUCCAGCUGCCGCUCAUGGUGCCCAACAACACGGAAGUGCGGAAGUGCAAGUUCACGAUCACCGUCGACCUCAACGAAGGCACGACGACCGGUAUCUCGGCAGCCGACCGCGCCGCCACGAUCCGCGCGCUCGCCGACCCGAACGUCAAGGCCCGGUCGUUCAACCGCCCCGGCCACAUCUUUCCGCUGCUGGCCGUCGACGGCGGUGUCUUGUCCCGCGCCGGUCACACAGAAGCGGCGGUGGACCUUGCCCGCCUCGCUGGCUGCACGCCGGCGGCGUACAUUUGCGAGAUCAACGACGACAACGGGCGUAUGCUCCGCCGGCCGCAGCUCGAGACGUUUGCCACGACGCACGGUCUGCACUUGAUUACGAUCUCGGAUUUGAUUCGCUACCGCUUCUCGCACGAGACACUGAUCCAGCGUGUCGGCGCUGCCGAGCCGCUCUCGACGCCCUUUGGCGCGUGCCGCAAGGUGGCGUACACGACGACGUUUGACGCGACGCGGUUUGAUGCGCUUGUCGUUGGCAAUAUCUCGGCCACGGGCGCGCACGUCUACUUUGUCGAUGGCAGCAUCGAAGGCAGUAUCGAAGCCCAGUUUGCGCUCCAGUGGUUGACGGCGAACAAGGCCAACGGUGUCUUGGUGUUUGUCCCUGGCUACGAAGCGUUGGUCGAUGUGAGUGGCGAGCUCAUGGCCAAGCAGUCGAUCUUUGGCAUGGGUCUCCAAAUCCUGCAAGAGAUGGGCGCGAGCUCCGCCGUGCUCCUCGCCAAGACGGCGCCGGUCUUUGACACCAAGGGCUUUGGCACGGCGAUCGAGCGCGUCCAGCUCCUCAAAUGUGCAUAGAGCCAUAGUAUGUAGAUGUAGACGACCAGAUAAGUAAUGACAACGAGUAAUU